UUGAUAUAUUAAGGUACCGGGUCUAUAUAAUUACAUUCAUCAACCAGCAUGGGAAUAGAUGUGCGGCCUUCGAAGUCUGCACUGAUUGUUUCUCUCCCAAGAUAACUCCUCCUGCAUGGCAUGAACCAUCGAUUGAGCUUUUCUUCUCUGUAUCUGGGAUUGGACAACGGGUGGCCGAUGGUAGGGAUUCUCCGCAUGCUCUCUCCAUCAAAAGAGUCAUGAAUAUCCGUUAAGCGGCGCGCCAAAGGCGCAUGUCAAAGAGACAAAUGGCAGGACCAAGUGCAAAUGAUGGUUUGUGCUUGAUGGAUCCUAUGGUCACAGCGAGAGUGCUUAACCACAAUAGCUUUUGGCUCUGGGCUCUGGUCCCCUAGUGCCCUUUCAGAUUUUUACAAACCUACCUGGGUACCUUUCUCUUUUGGUUUUUACUUUUGUCGAUUUUGGUCUCUGAUGUUGUAACACACAUCUUUACUUGACGUAUUGAUGAUAUGGCACAUGCAUCUUACUAUCGUUUGAACGUUUACACUCUAUUGACUACUAGUUAGAGUAGUAUUUCUCACAUCACACUUCACAAUCUUUUCUUCUUUCUUUGAUCUACAUUAUAUUUUUCCUUCCUUCCAAUUCCUUUCCAUAUCGAGUCUCUAUUGCGCCUGGAGUCACAAAUAGGCAAUAUGCAACAACCUCCCGCGUGGGUAAUAGCCUCAUGGCCUACACCGAAUUAUAUCGAUCCGGAAACACAUGGGUAUGGGAAUGUUAUACUGAAUAUCGUACUAUACAUAAUUUUAUGUUGCUUCAUAGCACUGAGGAUAUGGACGAGGACGAGGUUGAGAGCCUCGUUUGGGGCGGAUGACAUAAUGAUUUUGUUUGCUAUGGUUGGUUUGCCUAUUGUCUUGGCUAAGCCUGGAUCCCAAGAGGAGGUGAAUUCAAUAUAAAUGAAUGGAAGGCUAAUGAGAUUGGGGAUGUAGAUACCCACCACUGGGUUUUUUGUCCUGAGUCUGCUGGCAGAUCUCAAAUUUAUGUGGACUAGACAUCAAGUACGGGUCUUCCCUCACAAUACAAACCCCUCUGUUCAUCACUAACAAAAUAUCUAGUACGAUAUCCCCAGCAGCCAUGUUGAAUUCGGACUCAAAAUGGUCAUGUUAAUAGAGAUCAUGUUUGCAUCCGCAUGCACCCUCACCAAACUAUCCAUGUUAAUGCUUGUUCGUCGCAUGUUAACCAGUGCUUCGAUGUUUUGGAGAAGGGUUACUUUGGGUGCUAUUUGUGUAGUAGGCUUACAAGGAGGCUUGUUUUGUAUCGUGUUGGUGUUCCAAUGUAGGUUAGUUAUUAAACAAUCUUUCCCGUUAAGUUUGAUAUGAUGAGAAGAGCUGGGAAACUGUGGUCAAUAUAGAAUGAUAUACUAACAGUCCCAUAGACCCCCACAGGAUUACUGGAAAGUGACUAAAGAUCCUCAACCAAACUGUAUAGAUCAGUCUUCAACACUCCUACUGGCUGGAAUCGUCAAUACCCUUACCGACUUCCUUGUCGUUCUUCUUCCUAUCCGUACUGUAGUUAGUCUUCUCUAGCUCCUCUCAUACAUAUAUCCAAGUUCUAACGGUUUUAAUCAAGUACUCAACCAAUCUUCCCCGCCGCCAGAGCCUCAUCGUAUCCUUCCUCUUCACUCUUGGCUUCCUCUCCUGUUUCGCAGGUAUCAUCCGCACUUACUACAUGUAUAAAGUUACAAAAGUAUGGGACCAAGUAUGGGCUUCAUACCCCGUAUGGGUUACCGCAGCCGUGGAGUUGUAUAUUGGAAUUGUAAAUCUCCACCCACCAUCUCACCCCAUCUCACCUCCUCUCACCUUUUCUCCAAAUUUUAACAUGUGCUCUCACUAGAUCUGCACCUCAAUCCCCGCCACCAAAGCCUUCUUCGUAACCUACAUCCCCAAACUCUUCAGCUCGCAUCCAUCAUGCAGCUCUGGCGCCUCCCACUCCCCGAGAACCUACACUCCCAGAUACAAUUCCAAAGGUGAGAACCUCGCAAGCCCCCGUUUCGGCAUCACCUCCACAUCCAAGUCGCCGAAAGUCCUCCACAGCCAAAAUUCAAAAACGCCUCUGAGCACCGAUAAUUCCCUCUACGAUCGUACAAUCGGCACGAGUAUCUUCGAACUAUCGAGUUUCACUAGCACAACGAGUAGUAAUCGCGCAAAGGGCACCAUGGAUGAGGAAUUGGGAAACGCGCCCUUCGCAGUUUUGGAAGAGGAUGAAAAUGAUACCGCCAAUAGCAAUAGCAAUAUGCAUACCAAUAAUCCCACCCUAAGCCGAGGAAUAAUUGGAUCACUACGACGGAAUCGAGAACGAGGAAGAGAAAGAGAAAAUCCAAAUCAAAACUCAAAUCCCCACGCACCAAAUACUCAGGAAUCUAGACGACAGAAAGAAAAAGAAAAAGAAGGAGGAUGGGAUUUCCACAUCGAUGUAGUACGAACCGUAGAAGUUGAAGAGGAACACAUUGAUGAUGAGAAAAGAAUAUAAUUUUAUUAAUAUAUUACGUAUGAACUGGCUAGCCGUUUGGAUAUUUCGAGGUUUUUAUUUUCGCUUUCGCUUUCGCUUUCGCUUU